AUGACAGCGAUCUGCUUCGUGUGUAACCUGCCGAUCCUGAGUCAUCAGGUCGGCCUGAUAUGGCAGGGGGGGAAAGGGGGGGGGGGGUUUUUGUAUUUGAUGAGGGAACAGGUUGAGGAGUCUACUUGGAAGCAACGACUCGGAACCGGAAGACGUACCUCCGCGACGCAAAUCACAUCCACAUCCCCGCCGAAUGAGCCACAGGAACCUACGACGAAUCAACCUCGUCGACGUUCCAGCUUGUCCCUUACGGAUGUUCGAAACAAGCUGUGCCGUCGUGAAACGCUUGCAGACAUCGCGAAAUCAUUGCCGUGGUCCAGACAAACAUGGUCCAGACGAGAAAGCUCAGUCGACAGCGGGAUUAAGAGUCAAGCGUCGACGAAAUCGACCGGUACCACGAUCAGCAACUUUAAAAAUGACAUUUCUAGGCUAUGGGGAAGGAAGGAUACGACGCUGCAGCCUCAACCGUCUCCUACAGUCAUUUCUCCAUCUGAGAGAGUGUCAAGCGACUCAAAGAGCUCUCGACGCGGUUCCGGCGAAAGCGGAAGAACCAAGAGUCCGGGCGAACGGCAGCAUACUUGCAGUCAUCACAGGCGCAGACAAUCGCAACAGUCUGCGGACAGUGCCAGCGGCGUGAUGCUCGCAAAAUAUUACAGUAGCGAUCAAAGGCCAAGUGCUUCCAGCACUGAUAGCGCGGCCAGCAAUGCUGUCAGGGAACACUUGGAGACGCGCAACUCCAUGGACAGAAGCGACCGAUCGAGCAGUAUCGAGACAAAAUCCCAGCCUACGGUGGACAAAGUUCUGACGCCCACGACGACGACGACUACGUCAGUGGUUGACGGCAAGGUGCCUGUGACGAGCACCGAGGUGAAGACGUUCACCACGACGACGGUUUCAUGGACUACCACGACGGUCACGACGUCGACUACAUUGACCAUAGACACGAAGACCGUGUCCGAGAUGAAGAACCUAACUCUAGACGCGUCCAUCACUCCCCCUACCAUCGUGAUGUCAUCGGUGACACCGCCAAGUGUCUCGCCGACUGCCAGUAGGACACUUGCAUUGCCCGGAACCUCGACUUCCGGCAGCUCUAGCCCCGUUGGAUCACCUAACGUCAGCACACCGACGCAUCCUCUGCUCGCUACCAGAAGAGAUUCUACCACUCAGGUUUGUUAUCAGAAAGAGAAGGAGGCUUCCCCGAACAAAUUGUCGAGAUUAAAACGGCAAUCAGCUACCGUAGACGAGUCGACGCCACCCGCACGACGACGUGGAAGUCAGCCGACACUGUCACCGAAUCCCGAAGAAAGGGGUAGAGAACGGAUAGCCCGUAGGGACUCGCUGAGUCCCGAUUCCGCCUCGUAUCCGCGACGCCGCGACUCGAGGAGCCAUCUGAGCCCGGACAGGGCGGCCGAUAAAAGGGAUAUCAGUCCUAUCAGGGAGAGAUCUCAACUAGCGCGGCAGUCAAUCUCGAUGAGUGGUCGGUCGCCACCGAGAUCACCGGAUGGCUCUUCAUGUUCCUCGAGAGACCCAAGCCCGUGUGCUUGUACAGGAGAGGGCAUGCCAGCACCGAUAAUAACACAAUCGACCACGAAAGAAAUCUUGAUCGCACGUGGUUUUCGACGACAGAGCACCACGGAGGAAAUGAUGAGAUGUCGAAAUUUUCGAAGGCAGAGCUCUCAAAGUGAAGAGGCGGUUCAAAGAUAUCGAGGUAGAAGAGAUAGUUCUGCUCAAAUCACCGAUGGAACCUUAGCCACGAUGACUGUCGAAAUAUCGAACACCUUUUUCGACAGCAGCACGCAAACUGAACCGUUGCCGCUGUACGACAACAAUCACUACCAUGAGGAAUGCCUAAAAUGUAACAGCUGCGGCCUGAAUCUCACGGGACCCAACCAAAAGCGGGCUAGACGGUUCAAGAACCAAAUACUUUGCGAUCUUCACUUCGCUGACGUGGCGCUGAUGGAGUGCUCGGACUUCAUGCAGCAGUUGCGCAGCUUCAAACCACAAUGUUUAGGCUGCGCAGUUGCCCGAAGGAAAUCAUCGACCACCUUGAUCUUCCCCCUGCCGCCGCAAGCCUGUUCAGACGAGUUCUGCAACGAGUUCCCUCACAACAUGGUGCCGACGCCUGGCUACUGGAUCGAGUGCUCCAGGCAACAGAUCACCUCCGACACGAUCUGGGACGAGAGCGAGAGCGAGGAGGCGACAGACACCGAGCUAGCUGAGGUUCAACAGGAGUCGGACACAGACGAGUUGCCCAGGAAGAAGACCACGAUCGAGGAGCAAUGGGAGAAGAAUCAAGGAUUCGAGUUGACUUCUGUCGAGCAAGAGACGUACGAGAAGUACUUCUACGGGACGGAGCACUGGAAUUACUUCACCAACGACGAGGAACUCGGUCCGGUGAUACUGAGCAUCAAGCAGGAAACGCUGAACAAUCGGGAUCAAUUUAGAAUUCUCGUCAGAGCCAUCAGUUACACCGUUCAUGGCCUGAUCCCGGCCAGUUGCGUCUUCGCUGACAGGUACGAUCGCGAGGAAGUGGUUCGCAGCUUGGGAAAAGAAGUGAACGUAAAUCCACCGCUGACACUAGGUCAGCUACCGGACACUCAGGAUGAACUGUUGAAACUGGAUCAAGUGUUCAUAAAGUCCGAGUUAAAAGUCGGCGUGCUUUACGUUCAAGAGAACCAGUGCACGGAGGAGGAGAUAUUGGACAACCAUAGGAACUCGCCGUUGUUCGACGAGUUCUUGCAGAUUCUCGGUGAUAAAAUCCGUCUGAAGAACUUCGACAAGUACAAGGGCGGUUUGGACACCAUUCACGAUCUAACCGGCUUGUAUUCGGUUUACACGAAUUGGCGGGGCAUCGAAAUUAUGUAUCACGUGUCCACGUUUCUGCCUAAUGAGAAACACGACGUGCAGAGGGUGCAGAAAAAGCGACAUAUCGGAAACGACAUAGUGUGCGUCGUAUUCUUGGAAGCUGACAAAACUCCGUUUAAUCCAGCCUGCAUGAAAUCACAUUUCCUCUACACGUUCAUUCUAGUCCGAGUGAGUCCACGAAUAAAAAGAAAAGUUACCAGAUACGAAGUGUCUGUCGCCACGAGGGACGAAGUUGGAGCGUACAAGCCCUAUCUGUGGGAGCAAAAUGUCUUUAAAAAAGGUCCCAUGUUCCGUGAGUGGCUCCUAACGAAAAUCGUUAACGGAGAGAGGGCAAGCUAUUCCGCGCCGAAGUUCGCGAAGAUGCAAGAGAGAACGAGGACUCAAAUGCUGGAGGAUAUCGUUGCCAAUUUGGAUAACCACGCUAUGACGGGGCAAAUUCCGAAACCGUACAGACGCGGUUCCUGGAGACCGAUCGGCCACAUGAGACCGUCUUCGCCACUUUUAGAUUCUGUCAGGGAUCAAUUCGAGGAUUACGAUCAACUAGCCAAAGACUUUACGAGAGUGUUCCUGAAUAAUCAAGACAACGCCACGUUGAAUGCAAGUCUGUUCGAUGUAUCUUUCCUAGUACACGGUCCACAGAAGCAGAAAGUCAGAUUCAACGGUGUUCGGGCAAUUUUGGCGGUCAGAAGCAGAGUAUUUCAAGAGAUGCUGUACGGAAUUCAAGCAGGUUUCGGGAGUCCUCAAGUACCGGUUGCUGAAUUACUUGCCAAGCCAGCUCCCGCCUUGCCAGGCUCACAGAAACCACGAAGUUCCAACUUUCUUCAAGUUCCUGACGUCGAGGCUCCAAGACCUAAAAGCGAGCCCCCGUCGCCGAUGGUGAAGCGAGCCUUCUCCAAGAUCAGCACGUUCACGGCUGGUUGGGGACGGAGUAUCAGGAAGCACGAGAACCAGCUGCAGGGCGAGGACCGGAAACGAUGGACCAGCUCGCAAGAUUGCAGCAAUAAAGAAGCGAAGGAGAAAGAGAAAGCCGCUCAACAGUUGGCGGUACCGAGGCUGAGUGUUUGCGCGGACGCACAGAAAGUUGACAGAGCCAAGUUGGCACAGAUAGAGUUCGACAUCAUCGAGUUCGAUCCAAAGACGUUCAAGAUCCUGCUCAACUACCUGCAGACAGGCUCCUGUCCACUCACCUGCAGCAAUAUACCAGGUCUGAUCUGCGCGGCGGAGCACUACGAUCUACCAGAACUUCUACAAGCGUGUUUCCAUCACGCGAAACAAUUUCUACGGAUCGAGAUCGUGUGCGUGAUGCUGUGCGCAUUGGAGAACUACUGCUGGCGUUACACUUCCGCCUCGGAGUUGGUCAACAUGAUCCUCGCUUUCAUCGAGACCAGGGCGUAUCAGCUGUUCCAGAAUCCCGAUUUCCUCACGCUCAGCGAGUCUAUGGUUCAGAUGAUCAUGUGCAGGGGCCUGGAGGUGUGCGAGAUUCAAAAAUUCGAGGCGAUGCUCGAGUGGGCGAAGAACAGGAUCAAAGACAGGAAGUCUACAAAAUUGGAUCCAAAGGUGGAGUUCAAAUGCAUCAUGGAGAGGCUUAGCAGAGACUUGAAGCUCCAUAGGAUAACGCCUCAGGAACUUAUCAGAAUUGUCCUGCCGUCGAAGGCGAUCAGAAACGAGAGGAUCCUCGAAACGCUAAUGUACCAGGCGAAUUCUGGCAUCUUCCGGAACGUGGACAGCUACUUGGAGGCUUACCAGAAAAAAGUGCAGAACCAGGAGAGUUUCGACUGUGGCAUGUAA